UGCUUUCUACAUAUGGUAUAUACGUUUCCAUUUUCCGCGACCACUUGCAUUCGUGAAUUAUACUGUAUUCGAGCUAUUUGGAUGAUCUUGACUGUCAAUUUCUAAGUAAAACAUGUCGACUACCACAACUGAAACCCAGUCUGAAACUUGGGUUCACUACCAUGACGGCGGCGUACCGGGUCGACGGCGCGUACUCAAAGGGACCGCAGCAAAAGAUACAUUCAGCGCACUACCCAAGAUUGACUUUCAGCGGAUAUACUCGGACAAGAUUGAAGACAGAAAAGAGUUGGCCAAGGAAGUAGGCGCUGCUUGUCGAGACAUUGGCUUCUUCUACGCAGUGAACCAUGGCGUAGACGAACAAGUACUACAAGACACUUUUGAGGCAUUAGAAAAAUACUUUGCCCUCGCCACCGACGUCAAAAUGGAAACACACAACCAAAAGACGGAGAAAUUCAGAGGCUACGAGGCAUUCUUGGAGGGAAAACUAGAUCCCAGUACACGAGGUGAUCUCAAAGAAGGUUUCCUCAUGGGCGAAGACUUCACCGACCCCGAACAACUCUCCCUCCUCUCCUCGACGCCUUCGCCCUCGGCCCAAACCCCGCGCAACCAAUGGCCCACGCACCCCUCGGCCCUCUUCUGGCGCCCAGCCAUCUACCACUACUACCGCGCCAUGUUCGCCUUCAGCAAACGCAUGCUCCGCAUCUUCGCCCUCGCCCUCGACCUCCCAGAAACGCACUUUGACAAGAUAACCACGCACCCCAUGACCAAUGUCCGCGCGGUGCAUUAUCCCCCCCAGCAAAGCGAGGCAGAUGUCGGAAUAGGCGCGCACACGGACUUCUGCUGGUUCACACUCGUCUGCCAGUCGCAAACUACGUAUCCCGCGCUUGAGGUGCUGAAUGCAAAUGGCAUUUGGGUCCCAGUGCACCACGAGCCCAACGCCUUUGUCGUUAAUAUUGCGGAUUUCCUGAAAUUGGUGACGGGGGGUACGUGGCAGAGUACUGUGCAUCGCGUGAGGAAUAUUGGAGGGGAGGAGAGGUAUAGUAUGCCGUUUUUCUUUAGUCCGAAUGAGGAUGCGCGGGUCAGUGUUUUGCCGCAUUUGAGGAAGGCAGGAGGGGUGUAUAGCGAGUUUGGGGUUGGAGAGUAUUUUCAGAAGAGGUUGGAUAUUGAUCGGAGGACGCAUUUGGAUGGGAAGGAGGGAGAGGAAGAUGGGGAGGAAGAAUGUCCGUGACCAGGAUGAAUUAAUUGUUGGUGUAGUAUAGUUGAGAUGCCGGGAAUUUGGCGCUGGAAAA